ACCACUCUCCUUUUCUCUUCUCAAAUAUUAAAGUGAAAUUUGUGAUAAAUGAUGAGUACUACAGCAAGAAGUAGAUUUCCAUUCACAGCAAAUCAAUGGCAAGAACUUGAACAUCAAGCUCUUAUUUACAAGUACAUGGUUUCUGGAAUGCCUGUUCCACCUGAUCUUCUUUAUACUAUCAGAAGAAGCUUGGAUUCUUCACUUUCCUCAAAGCUCAUUCUCCACCAACCUCACCACAUUGGAUGGAACUGUUUUCAAAUGGGAUUUGGGAAGAAAAUAGAUCCAGAGCCAGGGAGAUGUAGAAGAACAGAUGGUAAAAAAUGGAGAUGUUCAAAAGAAGCUUAUCCAGAUUCCAAAUACUGUGAAAGACACAUGCACAGAGGCAGAAACCGUUCAAGAAAGCCUGUGGAAAUUAUGACUACAACAUCAACUAACACAUCAACUACAACAAGACCUAUUUCUACUGCUACUAAUACUACAACUCCAACAGCAAUUUCCAUCUUAUCAAUCAACAAAAACACAAACAAUAUUUCCUCUUCUAGCCCCACUUCUUCUCUUCACUCUUUUUCUUAUCUUACUUCAACUCAUGAACCCCACCAAUAUCCUUUCCUUUAUCCUCAUUCUUCUUCCUCUAGACCAUCCCCUGCUGCCAUUGGUUUGGAAUCUUCUCCUUAUUCCAGAAAUGGAUAUGGAGAUGGAAUGAAGGAGGAUGUAGAUGAGCAUAUUUUCUUCUCAGAAACUUCAGGGACAGUGAGAAGUACAUGUGGUUCAAAUUCAGUUGAUGAUACUUGGCAAUUGUCACCAUUAACUAUGGGUUCACCAAUGAAACAGAGGACUUAUUCUCUAUCACAAAAUACAGGACACUCAGUUUCUUCUUACUUACAACUUCAAAGCUUAAAUGAAUCAUCAAAAGAUCAUCAACAGUAUUUUCAUGAUGUCAAAAGUAUGAAAAUAGAAGAUCAGCAGCAGCAGCCCAAGAAAGUAAUGCACCAUUUUUUUGAUGAAUGGCCAAAAGACAACAAAGAUUCAUGGCUUGAUUCUGAGGAUAAAUUUUCUGGCCUAUCCAAAACUCAACUCUCAAUUUCAAUACCUAAUCCCUCACAUGACUUCUUCAUCACCACUAAUGAGAAAUGAGCUUUGUGAAUCAAAGAAGUGGCCAAAAGAGUACUAACUACUUCAAUGGUGGUGGGGCGGUGCUUUUUCUGACGUAACUUUCCGUAUACCAUGUGUUGUAUGUUCUGAGAAAACUGUUCUUUUUUCUAAUUUAUGUAAGUGUAGUAGUACUUUAAAUUACAAGUAUUUGGUAUCUGGCUAACUGAGCCAUUUCACAUGGUAAUAUUUGGUUGUCAGCA